UAUAGAUAGAAGAUAAAUGGAAGAAAGAGGAAAGAAAAAAUAGGGAGGGAAGGACGAGAGGAGAGGCCAGGAAGAAACUUUUCCUUUUUAGUUCUCACUUUGCUUUUCAAAAAGCAGACAUAUACCUCUCUCUAUAUCUAUUUAUCUCUCUCUCUCUCGACUAAAUUCUUUGAAGAAGAUACCAACAUGUACCAUUUCUAACUGUAAUAUUCUCUGCAUUGUCUUGAAAUAUUCUAACAUAAAAUUGGACAAUGACGAGGGUAAGUCCAGAGUUUGGGGAUCAGGAGCAGGUAGUUCUUCCAGCGUCAGCCGAUGUGAGCUUUGCGUCUAAUCAGUUUCCGAAAUAUAAAUUAGGUCCGGAUAAUGAGAUCUUAGACGAGGUGAAAGAGGAUUUAAAGGGUCCAUCUCUGAAGGAGGUGGUUGUUGAAGAAACAAACCAGCUAACAGAGCAGCACAAGCGGCUUUCUGUUCGGGACCUGGCAAGCAAAUUCGACAAGAAUUUAUCUGCUGCUGCAAAAUUGUCUGAAGAGGCUAAACUGAGAGAGGUGCCUUCGUUGGAGGGACAUGUUCUUCUGAAGAAGCUUAGGGAUGCAUUGGAAUGUUUGAAAGGACGACUGGCGGGACGUAACAAAGAAGAUGUGGAAAAGGCUAUUUCUAUGGUCGAAGCUUUAGCAGUGAAGUUGACUCAAAAAGAAGGAGAGCUAAUUCAAGAGAAGUUCGAAGUGAAAAAGUUGGCAAAUUUUCUCAAACAGGCUUCCGAAGAUGCUAAAAAAUUGGUUAACCAAGAAAAGUCUUUUGCCUGUGCUGAAAUUGAGAGUGCUAGAGCAGUUGUGCAAAGGAUUGGAGAGGCCCUUGACGAACAAGAAAGAACCUCUCAAACUUCAGGGAAGCAGGAGAUGGAGGAACUGAUUGAGGAGGUUCAGGAGGCCAGAAGAAUUAAAUUACUGCAUCAGCCGCGGAAGGUGAUGGACAUGGAACAUGAACUUCAAGAACUAAGAAUUCAAAUUAGAGAAAAAUGUAAAAUUUCAUUCGACAUUCGAAAAGAGCUGGCAAUGAGCAAAAGGGCAGAGGAAAACAAAUCCCGAUUAUAUGAGCUAAGUGGUCCUGAAAGAUUAGGUUCAAUUUUAAGAAUUCAGCCCUGCUCAGAUGAAGCAACAGAUCUUUCGAAAUGCUCGAUACAAUGGUAUCGUUUGUCUUCUGAAUGCAGCCGACGGGAGGCUAUUUUAGGUGCAAACAAAUUGGUUUAUGCUCCAGAGCCCAUAGAUGUUGGACGUGUUUUGCAAGCUGAUAUCAUCUCAAGUGGCCAAAAGGAAUCAAUCACUACGAAUGGUCCAAUUGAUAAAGCUGCUGAAUUAGGGAGCUACGUGGAGACACUUUCCCGGAAAUCAAACUGUGAAUUCAGUGUAGUUAUCUCCCAGAUGAAUGGACGGAAUUAUUCAUCGCAUUCAGCACACUUAUUUCAAGUUGGGAAAACGAGGAUGAAGCUUAGUAGAGGAUGGAUCACCAAGGCUAGAGAAUCUUAUUCCAAAUCUAUGCAGUUCUGUGGAUUUAGAGGAGGUGGCAACUCCGCCGCCAAGUCAUUAUUUUGGCAAGCAAGGAAAGGACAAUCUUUUGUGCUAGUUUUCGAAUCUGAGCGAGAACGAAAUGGAGCCCUUAUUCUUGCAAGGAAAUACGCUCUCGACUGCAAUGUUUUUCUUGGUGGACCAGACGAUGAUGCUUUACUUUAAACUAGACUGACUUGCGAGUAUCGUACAAAUGCGAGAGUAUAACAAGGUUUUCAAGUGUGAUUUUUAAAUUUUUUGUUUGUGUUUGGAGAUGUUGUCUUCUGUAAUUGUAAUCAAACUUCCACUAAUGAUUCGUAUGUUUUCUGGGCAUGGUUUUUGUUUUGCCUAAUGAUUGAUUGUAACAGUUUUCUUCUAAUCAUUUGAUGGUUCUUCGCUGCUG